AUCUGGGAUAUCCAGAUCGUUGAUUUCCUUCGUUUUUGCCUAUUUUCUCCGAAUUUCAAUUCAGUUUCGUCAGCCAGAGAAGAAAAGCUUCAGCAACUCCAACUGGUGGGCAGGUAAAAGUAUGGCUGCACCCUCCAAGCCUACAAGAAUAGGCCUUGCUGGUCUAGCUGUCAUGGGACAAAAUCUGGCCCUCAACAUUGCUGAGAAAGGCUUUCCCAUUUCUGUAUACAAUCGAACUACCUCAAAAGUCGAUGAGACUGUUGAACGAGCUAAAAGGGAGGGAGAUCUUCCUGUAUUUGGUUUUCAUGAUGCUGAAUCUUUUGUGCACUCGGUUCAGAAACCCCGUGUCAUUAUUAUGCUUGUUAAGGCCGGGGCACCAGUUGACCAAACCAUAAAGACCCUCUCUGCUUACAUGGAGAAGGGUGAUUGUAUAAUUGAUGGUGGUAAUGAGUGGUAUGAGAACACUGAGAGGAGAGCGAAAGCCAUGGCUGAAUUGGGUUUACUCUACCUUGGAAUGGGUGUUUCAGGUGGUGAGGAGGGUGCUCGACAUGGACCCUCUUUGAUGCCUGGAGGGUCAGUUGAGGCUUACAAAUACAUUGAAGACAUUCUUCUUAAAGUGGCAGCUCAAGUGGACAGUGGCCCCUGUGUGACUUACAUUGGCGAAGGUGGGUCUGGUAAUUUUGUAAAGAUGGUUCAUAAUGGUAUUGAAUAUGGUGAUAUGCAGCUGAUUGCAGAGGCUUAUGAUGUAUUGAAAUCUGUUGGAAAAUUGUCAAAUGAGGAACUUCAGAGUGUUUUUUCAGAAUGGAACAAGGGGGAACUUCUGAGCUUCCUGAUUGAAAUUACCGCAGACAUAUUUGGAAUUAAGGAUGACAAGGGUGAGGGUUAUUUGGUUGACAAGGUUCUGGACAAAACUGGCAUGAAGGGUACUGGUAAAUGGACUGUGCAGCAAGCUGCUGACCUAUCGGUUGCAGCUCCCACAAUUGCAUCUUCCUUGGAUGCAAGGUUCCUCAGUGGGUUAAAGGAGGAAAGAGUCGAAGCUGCCAAAGUCUUCCAAUCAGGUGGCUUUGGUGAUAUCUUGACCGACCAAGCUGUGGACAAGAAGAAGUUGAUCGAUGAUGUAAGGCAAGCUCUUUAUGCAUCCAAGAUAUGUAGUUAUGCACAGGGGAUGAAUUUGAUCCGUGCAAAGAGUGCUGAGAAGGGGUGGGGCUUGAAGUUGGGGGAAUUGGCUAGGAUUUGGAAGGGGGGUUGCAUCAUCCGAGCUAUUUUCCUGGACAGAAUUAAAAAGGCAUAUGAUAGGAACGCUGAUCUUGCAAACCUUCUUGUGGAUCCAGAGUUUGCAAAGGAAAUCAUUGAGAGGCAGUCUGCCUGGCGAAGAGUUGUCUGCCUUGCUAUCAACUCGGGUAUUAGCACCCCGGGUAUGUCCUCCAGUCUCGCAUAUUUUGACACUUACAGAAGAUCAAGAUUGCCAGCCAAUCUCGUCCAAGCUCAAAGAGACUAUUUUGGUGCUCAUACAUAUGAAAGGACUGAUGUUGAGGGAGCUUUCCAUACUGAAUGGUUCAAGCUUGCCAAACAGUCUAAGAUUUAAGUUUUGGUUAUUUCUUCUCAGUCAGAACUCAAAAAGUUCAUAAUAAUUUCUGCUCGGGACUCUGCUGAGCAGAGCUGACACCACCUCUAGUUGGUGAAAUUUAUCUCUGUUGUCCUGUUUAAUCACUUUUAUGUUUGUUUAUGUUGUUUGUUGCGUUGUGGCAGAUCCUGCUGCUCUUUCCAUGUUUUCCUGAUGAUCCAAUUUAUGGCCCCCUUUUCUUGUUUAAGACAUCUUUCACUGUCGGGGCAAAAUACUCUGUUUACAUUCGAUGUUUGAACGUGAAAUAUCAUAAUGAGUAUCUUUAUUUACAUCA